CAGGGCUGCAAACCCUACCCUCCAAUUCCGUUUUGCCUUUUCCCGCAGUCGAUUGACCUCUGUUCAUCCGCCCGCGAAGACCAUCCAACCCGGCAUCAAUCGACAAGCGCCACCAUGAGCUCGCCGUCUCUCAACAAGAUCGCGGCCAACAGCCCGAGCCGCCAGAACCCGUCGGAGCUGGAGCAGGCCAUCGCCGGCGCGCUCUACGACCUCGAGACCAACACGGCCGACCUCAAGGUCGCCCUCCGCCCGCUGCAGUUCGUCUCGGCCCGUGAGAUCGAAGUCGGCCACGGCAAGAAGGCAAUUGUCAUCUUUGUCCCCGUCCCUGCGCUGCAGGGCUUCCACCGGGUUCAGCAGCGCCUGACCCGCGAGCUCGAGAAGAAGUUCUCGGACCGCCACGUGCUGAUCCUGGCUUCUCGCCGCAUCCUCCCGCGCCCCAAGCGGUCCAGCCGCUCGCGCAACACGCUCAAGCAGAAGCGCCCCCGCUCGCGCACGCUCACGGCCGUGCACGAUGCCAUCCUGACCGACCUCGUCUACCCGGUCGAGAUUGUCGGCAAGCGCCUGCGCACCAAGGAGGACGGCUCCAAGACGCUCAAGGUCAUCCUCGACGAGAAGGAGCGCGGCGGCGUCGACUACCGGCUCGACACGUACUCGGAGGUCUACCGCCGCCUUACCGGCCGCGGCGUCGUCUUCGAGUUCCCCCAGACCAGCUCCAUCGACUAUUAGGCGCUCACGGGGGAGGAGGUGGAGGAGCAGUUGCUUGUUUGUGGGCUGGCGCACCGAGGAUCAGAUUUGGGUUUGGCAUUCGGGUAGGGGUCUGAUGCGAUGCAUGCACGGGCAACCAAAAGGGACGGCGUUCCGUAGCUUGUUGGGAAUGCAAGCUUGAUCUUCCAUUACCACCACCACGCCCCGCAAUACAAGCUCCUCUGCGUACUUUCCGUGGCCCGAUACAGGUGUCUGUUUUCAUUACUGCCUUUUCUGCUACUGGUGAUUCUGCGCACGCUUAUCUUCACAAGUGAAUCUCG